UUAUCUUUGAAGUUUGAACCCUCAUCGUUCGGGAAAGAAUUUUGAAGGGGUUUUUGCUUCACUUCGCGGCGGAGAAGCACGAAAGCUCGAGCGGAGAUGGAGACCUCGCUGAGGUUCAGUAGCGAAUCGAAAUCCCUAAGGAUCCAUGCCAGACAGAAGUUCCAUCUUGAGCCCGACACCCUCUCCAACACCCUCCUGCAGGUUCACGGGGAAAUUGAUACUAAAAAUGGCAAUCCUAGCUAUUUUGCUCUGUUAAUUCGUCAGUUUCUUCCUCAGCUAUCAACUAGGAUUGGUGUUGGGUUACAGUCAGAUAAACAUCGAAAACUUCAAUAUACUGUUCGUGGGAAGAAGGCAUUUGAACUCCCAUCUAGUGGGUAUUUUGGUUUAAACAUCAAAGGGAGGUGUGAUUUGGACAAAGAAUUUAAUAAGAGGAAGGACAGUGGUGGAAUUGAGUUAGUUUGGAGCAAACUUAAUUUUCAGAGGGACCAAGAUGUGAGGCUAAAAGUGGGCUAUGAAUUAUUUGAGAAGGUGCCCUACCUGCAACUGAAGGAGAACAAUUGGACCCUCAAUGCUGACAUGAAAGGAAGAUGGAAUGUCAGAUAUGAUUUGUGAAUUUUAGCUUUGAUCCUUAUGUUUAUGCUUCUGUUGUCUACUUUGGAUUAUUCGAAAACCUUCACUAUGGAGUGUAAAGUUAUCUUGUAAAACAUAACUGAAUGAAGUUUCUUGAUCUGCAGUCAUAUGUAUGUAUUUAUAUA